UUGGGGGGGGGGGGUUCGCACGAGCCCUACGAACCCCCUCUCCCUACGGCCCUGAAUUCCAAUGACAUCAAUGAAGCAACGGCUUUCCCUGAUGAAAUGGAUAACCUGGAUGCGGUCGCCAAAUCUAUCUCUAUCUCGAAGGUUCUCGACGAGUCGAACGCACCCGAUGUAUCUAAAUUCCCCAAUGGCGCUUCUACGCCGGUUAAUUCUAGUCCCACAGACAGUAAACCAGGCAUUGAUACGAAGGAGAGAACUUUUGGAUCUGUUGGUAAGGAUGUUACCGGAGCGCUUCCUAAUCAUGCAUGUAUAGAAAAAGAAACAAUGUACUCGACUGAAAAAGGUGCAGGUGAUGCUGCGACCGGUAAAAAUACAAGUUCUAAUGAAACUCGUCAGGAUAAAAAAGAAUUCAAAGAAUAUUCAAUUCCAAAGGUCGCAGGAGAGACAAAAGAUGUGUUGACACAAACUGAAAAACAUAUCCAGAAGUUCGAAGAGGGGUUGACGAAAUCCGAAGAGGAAGAGGCACGCACAAAGGUGCCAAUAUUAACACGUCAUAAUAUUUUCGAUGUUGCUGGGGUGUCAGAGGUAACUGGAUUUCUUGAGAAACUCAGGGAUGACAAAGAUGCAAGACGGGAAUUUGAAGAUGAGAGGCGAAAAAAAGAACGUUUGAGAUGGAAAAGAGAAAAUGAAAUAAGAGCAGAAGAGGACAGAGAAAGAGCAAAACAAAAUAAUGACGAGGUAGCUUCUUCCUGCUUCCGAAAAAACAGGGACGUUAACAAGCUAGAUAUUAAUAGCAUUGAUAAAAAGCGAGAAAAAGAAAAUGAAAGACGAAAAGAAGAGGAUGAGAGGAUAUCUGUUGAAGAUAAAGAUCGCAAAGAAAAAGAAGAUAAAAUGUGGUUAGAGUUUGACAAUCUUUUAAAGAAAAUACCAACUAUGGGUAUUCAAAACCUCGAAAAUAAAGAAAAAGAAUGUGUAAAAGAAUUGAAGAAAAUAGCGAUGAUAAAUAAACAACAUAAGGACCAUAAAAAGAAAACAGGUUUUGAUGAGUGGAUGAAACAUAUCGAGACACAUGUGAAAAAACUUAUAGAAAUAGGUACUAUACAUCGAAAAAUUGGUGAAAUCAAAGAAAACCAAUUGGACAUUGUCAAAGCAAUUGCCAUAUAUGAAUGUGCAAUUGUUCAUUGUCAAGAAAGCUACAACUGUAGUAAGGCAGAAACGCCAGAGAGAAAUAAAGUAAAAGAAGGAAGAGAAGAGAUACAGAAGAUCGAAAGAAGAAAAGAAGAAGAAGAAGAAGAAAAAGAUAGAAUUAGUCUUUUAUGCAAAACAAAAGAAGAGAAACGUCUGGCACUACAAUCGUUUUUUCGACAAUGCACUUCCACUGGAGAGCAAUUACCAGAUGAUCAAGUAAAGAAAAUGCUAAAGAAAUACGAUGACGAUGAACAUAUAAACAAAAAAGAGCUUCAACGAAUCAGAACGAGGCUCAAAGAAAAGAUAAAGGCCAUAGAUAAAGACCCAAACUGCGACUGUUAUGAAGACAACAUAAAAAGGGAGACAAGGCUAAAACGUGAAAAGGCUCGCAUAGACAAAAAUGGGGAAAUAUUUAAGUGGAUUCAAAGGGAAAUGAAGGGUUUUGUCACUAAGAUGAUAGCCCAAUGCCGGAAAAUCCACAACUUUAAGAAAGAAGACUUUGCCUUUAUUGCAUUUGGUUCUUUAUCAAGAAUGGAGACAACUCCUUAUUCUGAUGUAGAAUUUGCUGUUGUUCAGAAUUCGGAUGAUGAAAAAAUGGACCCAACGUAUAAGAAAGAGCUAGACAACAUAAUAAUGACUCUCCAUCUGAAAAUGUUAUCAUUUGGUGAAACAGUUCUCCCAGCGAUGGACAUAAAUUCACUGAGCGAAUCUGAUGCUAAUGACAAAACCAAGGACUGGUACUUUGACUUGCGAAAAUAUGUGAAGACCAAGCAGGGGAUUUCAUUUGAUGGAAUGAUGCCAAGAGCAAAUAAAACACCCUACUUCACAUACCGGGCACAACCUGAAAAUAUUGAAUUUAGCUUAACAAACACAAAGGCUGCUUUCAUUAACUUCUUCGAGAAAAUAGAAACUGAGGAAACAUUGGACAAAUUACUAUUUCUCUUUAAGGGAGAUUUCACAACACUGUAUGGGGAUGAAUCAAUUGAAAAAGAGAUGAAGGAGCGUUUUAAGGAAUCUCCCAAAAGAGAUCAAGUUUUAAGAAUGAUCGAAAGAGAGUUGAGAAAGGAUUUUGUCAAACACUCCUGUAUCAAGAAAAUAUAUGACGCCAAGUACGAUCGGGAAAUCAUUGCCAAGGAAUCGAUUCACGUGAAAAAGGAACUGUACCGUCUCCCUAGUGUUGUAAUUAAUAACCUUCUACACCUCCUGAAAAGUCCAACAACAUGUGUCUGGAAAAUUGAGGAACUAUCACGUAUUAAAAAAGAAAGCAUACACAACUUGAAGAUGACGUUGUCCACGGCUGCUGAAAUACGAUUACGAUGUUAUGCAGAAAGUGAUGGCCAAGUAGAUGAGGAAAAGGGUCAACUGUUACCUGACAUUCUUGUAGAAAAUGAAGAAAAGGAAACGUUCUGUAAGAAACUCAUUCUACGAUAUUUCUGGACUGCAAUCCCAUUAGUUCGUGUCAUAGAAGAAGCUGAAUCCAGCCGAAUUGAGAAAGAGCAAUCCAAGAAUGCAAAUUUAGAUGGGAAAAAGACAGACCUUGAGGACGGGAAUGGUCAUAACAAAACAUCUAAAUGUGUAAAUGAAGUGAUCGAAAAAGUCGGAAAUGAAGAACAAGAAUUAAGAAAAACCGGGCAAAUUGAACAUAUAAUUGAAUCCCUCGAAACCGCAUCUCUCUAUGACGAUUCCGAUCUGAAUAAAGCACUAGCCUUCCUCCUGAUGAAUGACAACGACAAUGCGAAGAAAUAUUUGGAAAAAGCUAACGAAAAGUACAAGAAUAUUGGAAACAUCUCACCAACACAGUACAUUUUGUAUAUUCUGUGCAAUACGUACAUUAAGGAUACAAAGAUAAGCGAUAAAUUCUUUGACAGCCUUGGAGGCAAGGGUGAAGGAGGUAAGGGUGAAGGCAAAAGCAAGAGUAUGGAUACAGCUGGCAUGAAUGCACGUGGGAAUGCCCUCAUUCAGAAAGAGAGAUAUGAAGAAGCUGAGAAAGUACUCGAGGAAAGCGUAGAUAAGUCAUCUAAAGAUGAAAAGAUAACCGCAUUGAUACUUCUCAAGACAGCAUAUGAGGAAGGGGGUAAUGUGAAAAAUCUCAAGGCUCUGCGUGAUGAACACCCAGAAAUUGAAGAGAUUCAGCAUUUAAGAGAGAAACUCAAGAAGUCAGAAGAGUUGGAGAACAACGUUAUUGUACAGGCCGAGAAACGAGAAAGGGAAAACCUGGAACUUCGAAAUGAGAUCAGUCAAUUGAGGAUUAGGGCUGAGAAGAGUGAAAGCGAAAACCAGAACUUUCAAGAUGAGAUCAAUCGAUUGAGGAAUAUGGUCAGGGAGCAAGCUGUCGAUAUUGACAAACAAAAGGCGAUUGAAGACAACAGGCUAAGGUUAUAUGGCGAUAUUGAAAAACUUGAAAAGACAGCAGCGCAGACUGAUCCAACGAAGUACAACGCCAUUAAAGAAUAUAUGAAACAGAUAAGCAGACAAUAUAGUGAGUCUGUAGAAGAAACAAAAGAGGCUCUUAAAGAUGCAAUACGCUUAAACUGA